CGCGGCAGUCUAAUACAGAACUCGAAAGCUGAAGGACUGACAAAACUGCGAAGCGUCAUUGUAUUCAUACUUUAUACCCAAGUGUGCUUAAUAUAUUACGCGAUCUCCGCCCCAAAAAUUUCGAUCUGUAUACUAUGAAACGAUUUGCUGAGGCGUUAGUUAAAUGCGAAUCAGAAAAACAGCGUCGCGAACAACUAAUUGAAUCACUCGAUGAUCUGUCAUUUGAUUAUCCUGAUGUUUACUCAAUGCUAUUUAGUGAGAUGAAAAUAAGAGAACUGGAAGCCAAUGAUUCAAAUAAAAUCUCCGAAUGGCUGAGUUCUUCCAAUAAUUCAAACUCAAUUGUGAAAAUUCACGAAGCAUUGCUAUUAGCUAAAAGUGACGAAUUAAUGAUUAAAGAAGAACACCUAGAUAAUUUAAAGCACAUGCUUUGCCGCACAAUAGAAAAUGGAACUUACAUGGAAGAGGUAGUAAAAAUAUGCUAUUUGAUUGAGAAAUCUCCAUCCUUAAAAAACAUACAUGAACUUUUGAAACAUCUUAUUGAACGAGUAAAACAAUUGCCCAACGAUAAUAAUUGCAACAUGGACAUAAAUAAUUUUUGGAAAGAUUAUUUCAAACAAACUCAAAUCGAUCUCUCCGAAUCUCUGGUUAUCCAAAGUAUUCAACAACAACAAAAACAUAAACAGGACGUACGUGCAUGGGAAAAAAUCAAACAUUUACAUUUAAAUCCUCUGCACGAUCUUCCUAAUUUCGACCUGAAUUGUUUUGGUAAUAACCAUCUCGAAAUGGUUGCAGCCGCUCACAUGCGUAGUAUUUUGGAUAACCAGACGAUCGUUGAUCAGGACAUGGACGGGGCAUUCACCAAAUGGCUUCAUUUCUGUAAGCUAAAAAAAUACCAAUGGUUUUUCAAUAACCUCAGCUACCUUGACAUUGUACUCAUUGACGAGCAAAAUAUCGAAAAGUUUAUAGCUAAGGUAAACAGGAACUCCGCAGAGGAAAAUUGCAUUAAGGACUGUGCUCGGAAGAUAAUAUGCGUGGAGACUAAAGCUUUGAGACACAGACCAAUAAAAUUGAACAAUUUGUUAACGGCCUUAGAUUGUAAAGUGGAUUUGGAUAAUAUGAGCAAAUAUAUUACAUACAUGCGGAAGAUACUUCACUAUCCCAUUCCGAAUAAGAACUGUGUCAUCAAUGAGCAACUACAACAAGAUAUAAUCGACAUUAUGGAUAAAUAUAUGAAUCAUCUAAUGAAAAUACUUGAUACAGUUGACUUUCUUGCUGCCAAAAGCAAGCUCGGAGUUAUAAUUAACAAGUACCUGGAGUGCAUAUCGUUAAUUAAUGGAAAUCAGACAUUCACAAAUCAUCAUAUCAACUUGCUGUGUAUUUUCGAAGAAGUACUGAAGAAUAAAGUCCUUAAUAUGCACAGAGACUUCAACUAAAUACAAUGUAAUUAACUAUUCAGUGUGUUUGAUAUGAUUUUCUUAAUUUUACAUAAUUGAUUUGUUAUUAAGAAAUCGUUGUUUUUGUUUUAAUUACAUGUAUAUACAUUGGAAGCUUCACUGUUGCAAAUAACUAUUUAUCUGCCAGAUAUACUGCUAUACUAUAGCUAAAUGUUAAUAGAACAAAUCUUUAGUUGAUUAUUAAUAAGUACGAAAGUAGUUUUGGGUACAUGUUAGUUGUUACUUGUUUUUACCGCUCAACCAUCUGUCGAAAAUCUAUUUUCAGUACUUUAAAUACAUGACAUUUGUAGCAAAUAUUUAUUGAUAUUUUAAUAUUAUGAUUAAUCUAUAAUACGCGAUCUUUGUAAUCUACACGUAUUAAUUAAAAAAAAGUAAUUUAUA